CCUCAUCUCAUUGACUCAACAAAUCGCUUACUACCGAUGGUAAACCCCUGAGACGACCAGGACAGGACAUUUGGAUGAUUGCGUCUCGCACGAAUCCGGGCGUAGACUGAGUCGCUACUACACUCCCCGUCUCUCAAGACACCGCCAAAAUGGCGCUCUCACGACAUCACCACGCCAUCUCCAAGCCCAUGAAUGUGGAGCAAAUCGUCGGCAUGGCCGAAGACUUCGAGUUCAGCACCAACCGGCCUCUCAAAAGCUGGCUGCGAGCGGGCCAGAUGCUGCUCACCGAAGCGGCCAUUUGCGAGCGGGAUGGCGACUUGCAGAUGGCGUAUCUGUACUUAUAUCGACAUGCUAUGCUUAUCCUCAGCAAAUUACCCUCGCAUCAUGACUUGGAUGAUCCCCGAUUCAAAGCUGACAUCUCUGCGGCGCAAAAGACCGUAGCGAGGAAUCUGUCGAAACUCGAACAGUGGAAACCGCGGAUUAAUCGGGACUAUGAUCGUUACGUUGCGGCCAUGGAACGGCGGAAUGCUGAGCGACAGAGUACGAGAGACUCGCGUGGGAGGAGGGACGAACGGCGAGGGAGCUAUGACGAUUCCCGUCGGGGCUCACUCGACUCGGAGUACGGUGGGUACGAAGACUCCGCGCGGACGUUGAAUGCCGGAGAGAACCGGCAGUUGGCUGUCGAUCUGGCGCACCAGGAGCUGCGACGCAGAGAUGCUACUCGGCAGUCGAGUCGGCAGGCCGGUAUAUCGCCGGACACGAUUGCUGCGCGGCGAAGAGGAAUUGUCGUCGACUAUGAUGGCGAUGUCGAGUCUGUUGGGUCGGCGGCGGACCAGCGUGGAGAUGGAGUGCGAGACGCUGGGCGGUACCUGCACUCAUUGCCCUCGCAAAGGUCCUCGCAGGCAGAUGAUCGUCGAACGUCCAAGUCUACCUACAACUACCCGACCGUUCCUGCGAGGGAAGAGUCCAUGGAUUGGCCCUUGCCAGCCACCGGUCUCAAAUCGCCCACAACAAGCAUCCCACCCGCACGUCCGGACAAAGAAUCACUCGACCGCAGCUCCCGCACAACAGACACUGCACCUCCCCGCCCCCCACCCAAAUCAAGAGACUCCCUCCCUCCCCCAACACCACAAUCCCCACACUCCAAAUACACCUUCAAACCGACCGCCUUUACCGAAUCCGGCACCCCGCUCCGCCCCGUCUUCCUCCCCCCCGACCUGCGCAAAGCCUUCCUCAACCACGCACACCCCAACACCUCCCGCAACCUGGAAACAUGCGGCAUCCUGUGCGGCACGCUGAUCUCCAACGCCCUCUUCAUCAGCCACCUCAUCAUCCCCGACCAAACCAGCACGUCCGACACGUGCGACACGACGGAGGAGGGCGACAACGCGCUCUUCGACUACUGCGACGCCAACGAAUUGCUCGUCUGCGGCUGGAUCCAUACGCACCCGACGCAGACGUGCUUUCUUUCAUCGCCGGAUUUGCACACCAGUUCGGGGUACCAGAUCAUGCUGCCCGAGGCGAUCGCGAUUGUGUGUGCGCCGCGGCAUACGCCCGAUUGGGGUGUGUUUCGCUUGACGGAUCCGCCGGGGUUGAGCCAUGUGUUGAAUUGCCAGCAGCGGAGCUUGUUCCAUCCGCACUCCGAGACGAAUCUCUACACCGAUGCCGUGAAGCCUGGGCAUGUGGUGGAGGGGCCCGGGUUGAAAUUUGAGCUGGUCGAUUUACGAAAGUCAUGAGGAUGGAGUGAGAAAGAAAGAUAGAGCAAUAGAGAGAAAGCUGACGGUCGUGCUGCAAAUGCUACA